AAUUUCCACCCCUUGCGUCAAACCCCACAUCAUAUGUAUAUAUUGGCUGUUCAAACACUGAUAAUCAGAUUUGCUUUUGCUUCUCUCUCUCUCUCUCUCUCUCUCUCUAGGGUUGGUGGCUUUGGCAGUUUGGCUUCCUCUUCUGCAGGAAGAUGGUGAGGCAGAAGAUUCAGAUAAAGAAGAUCGAUAACUUGUCGACGAGGCAGGUGACUUUCUCGAAGAGGAGAAGAGGGCUUUUCAAGAAAGCUCAAGAGCUCGCCACUCUCUGCGAUGCUGAGAUUGCUCUCAUUGUUUUCUCAGCCACCGGCAAGCUCUUCGACUACUCCAGCUCUAGCAUGAUGCAAAUCAUCCAAAGGCUUAAGAAGCUGCAAUCUGAGGGUAGCUACAGCAACAGACACCGGCAAACUCUCAACAAUCAGCAGUCGAAUUUUCAGGCGGGAGGCGACAACUAUGAUGCGAUCAACAAGGAAUUCACAAGCUUGACUCUUGAGCUCAGGCAACUUAAUGGAGAAGAUCUCCAAGGGCUUGGCCUGAAUGAACUGGCGAGGCUCGAGAGAGUGGUGGAGUUGGCAUUGGGUCGUGUUGGGAAAACAAAGAAUGACAUGCUUAUGAACGAGAUCAGCAAGCACAAGAGGAGGGAAAUCGAACUGUCGGAAGAAAACGCGACGCUGAAACAGCAAGCUGAGGUAUAUUUAUAUAUAUAUAUAUAUGCAUGCAAGUUGUCUCAAAUUUCUAUUGCAAAAUCGUGUUUAAUUCGUCUCCUUAUUCAACUGUUCAAAUUGUGUGUUUAUAUAAGAGUUUCAUGGCAAUUGAACAGUUGGAAUAAGGGAUUUCAUGAAACACGAUUUUGAAAUAGAGGAUCUCGUCUGUGAGUUUCGUAGAGGUACGUAGUUGUUGAAUUAAUAAGUGUGUGCAGCAAGGAAGUUCAGUUGAGUCCAUCACCAAUUCCUCUGGGUUUGGUGAAGACAUGAGCGUCUCAGAUACUGCUCUCAAGCUGGGGUACGUUUCUCGCCAAUCAGUUGAAUGCGUUGUUCAUGUGUUACGUUUAUUUGUUCAUGUCUGAUUCGUGGAUUUCAUUGAUUUAUUCAUGUAUUCUCAUUUCUCAUGAAAAAAUAUCCAUUCUCUCUCUCUAUAUAUAUAUACUACUAGAUAGGGUUUAAUGAGAUUUGGGAUUUACAAAACCUAUGUGUCUUUGGGUAUUUAUAUCUAAGGUUAGGGAUGAUUAUGCGAAGGUGUUUGAUUGAGCUUAAAAGUUUCUUUAUAAGUUGUUUAGGCUAUAAGCUCUUGAGAAAUGUUAGACAAAAUAAGUUUUUAAACAACUUAUAAGCUUCUAAAAAGUUAAGUUGCUAUAUCUUAACCAUCUUAUUUUUUUCAUGAUAUUAUAAUAAGCAACAAUCAAUUUACGAAAUUGUUUUAUGCGUUGUUGGAACUUAUAAGCUUAUAAGCUUCACAUCCGUUAAUUUCUUAUCUUCUCAAUUUUAUUUCUCUAACUCAUAAGCUCUUGAAAUGUCUAAUGCCUUGUUGGAACUUAUAAGCUAAGCUUCGCCAAACACCCUCUAUAUAUAGUGAGCUAAAACAGAACCAUAAUUUUCAGUGUUUUCAGAAAAUGAGGACUAUAUAGCUUUCAUUUUUUACAUUUACACUCAUAUUUAACAUAUCAAAUCCAUCACGGCCGAAAUAGGAGUGUAAAUAUAAAAAAUAGAAGCUAUAUAUAACCCUCAUUUUCAAAAAAUGAAAGCUAUAGUACUCAUUUUUAAAUGCCGCAACAUAUAGUCAUAUUUCUGAAAACACUGAAAGUUACGUUUCUAUUUUAACAAUUAGCUCAUAUAUAGUCCUCUGCUCUCCAUUUAAUAAGAAAAUUGCAUUUAUAUUUGCAUGAAUAUUAGCAUAUGUGUGUGUUGCUAAAUGCAUGCUAAGCUGAUGACGUGCAUUCUUGCAGCUUACCUUUUGCUAAAUGCUAAGCUCAUGAUGUGCUUAUGCAUGCAUUCUUGCAGCUUAACUAUUUGCGACUGCGAUUGUUAGAAGUUAAUUAUAUAUAUCCAGAAAAUAUGUAUUUGGAUGAAAUCUAUAGCAAACUAGAGCUGUUUGUGAAUUUGGAUGAAAUCUAAUUACUUAUAAUUAAGAUUAGUUUUGGCAUGUAAUGAAAUUUGUAAUAGUUAGAUAGGAUUGCACUUAAAUACACAAACUUUCACCUGCGGAUACACGAACUUUCAAUAGUUCUGAUUUUUCA